AUGAGUGCGCAACAAAACACCGCCAACUCUAGCAGCUCAAAGAGUUUACCAGCUUUACAUGGUGUUAAAAUCAAAGCGAGAAAGGGUCAACAAAAAGCUCAAGCUAAAUACGAACCAACUAUUUUUAGAGAUAGUAUUUUAAAAGUACUUUUGGAAGCCCAACCUGGAAGCUUUGACGAUAUAUCUUCAAAAUUAGAUACAUCUGGAAAUACCCUUGAGUUUAGAAAAUACGGCGAGACUUUAUUUGAAAUACUCUUUACCGGUGGAGUAUUAGCCCCCGGAGGCACAAUUGUUGACGAUGGAGCGAAACGUAGUCCAUUUUCAAUUUUCACUGCCGAAGAUAAUAUCGAAAGUAUCAAAAAGCAUGUUGAAGUUUUUAAUAAGCUAAUUCGCCGUUACAAAUAUUUACAACGUAGUUUUGAAGAAACCAUUAAAAAUUUACUUCAAUAUAUUAACAAAUGGGGCACCGAGGAAAAUAAUAAACUUGCCACUGCAAUUGGCUUGUUUGCUUCUAGUCAAAUGACUAGCAUUAACGUUUUGACAGUUUUGUUCAAAGAACAUCUUGUCAAAGAAGGCCUCUCACUCCAAUUUGUCACUGCUGCAUUCAAGGCUUAUCUUGGUGAACAGAAUAUUGAUCACCUAGGUAGUUCUCUUAAAAAGGCAGGAAUAGACAACAAGCUUUUGGAAUUCUUUCCCCCGAAUAAACGAGAUGAAGAGUACUUUGCUCGUUAUUUUGAAGCGGAGGAGAUGAAACAGCUCGUUGAAUACCAUAGUCAAAAACAAAAAAAUUCGAUGAAAGAACAAACUAUUGAGCAUGUUAAGGAUAUGUUGCAAGCCGAUAACAAUACACAAGACGUUGUUUCUUAUCUUAAACAACGCAUUAAGGAAGGUAAUUGGCAGGAAAGUGAUUUUGUUCAAAUUGUCUGGGAUGCAUUGAUGCGUGCUGUUGAUUGGAGUACUCGCCCAGAGAUGAUUGAAAAUCAAGCCUCGCGUCAAGUUAAAAAAAAUGCUGCAAUUCUCGCUGCUUUUGCCUCUAAUCCCAAGUCAGAACUUGCACUUUUGCAAAAAAUUCAAAUUUAUUGUCACGAAGAUACAAAAUUGAUGAAACAUUUCCGUCUAAUUGUAAAAAUUUUGUAUGAAGAAGAUGUUGUAUCUGAAACGGCAAUAUUUUAUUGGUAUGAGAAGGGAGCCAAAUCUCAAUGCAAAGGCAUAUUUUUAAAACAAAUGGAACCUUUUGUUACUUGGCUAAAGACUGUCGAAAGCGAGAGUGAAGAUGAUGAGGAAGGUGAAGAAUAA